UCGCAUGAAAAACGAAAAAUAAAAAAUAUUUCGAAAAUAGCUCAGUCCGCUGGCCGCAAAUGUUUCGUGGAAAUUCCAGAGGAGCAGAGGGCAUGUGGCAUCGCAUAGUUCUGUUCUGUUGCAUUUGGAGUGCAUUUUUCGUGUGGCACAGCCAGGGGCAACAAAUCAACAUUGGUGCCUUCUUCUACGACGAUGAGCUGGAGCUGGAAAAGGAGUUCCUGGCGGUGGUGAAUGCCAUCAAUGGACCCGAAGAGGAGCAAACCCUGCGUUUCUAUCCGCUAAUCAAACGCCUGAAGCCCGAAGAUGGAAGUGUAACGAUGCAGGAACAGGCAUGCGAUCUUAUAGAUAAUGGUGUCGCGGCUAUUUUCGGACCAAGUUCAAAGGCGGCGAGCGACAUUGUAGCUUUGGUUUGCAAUAAUACCGGCAUUCCGCAUAUAGAGUUCGAUGUUUCGGACGAGGAGAUGCAGGAGGAGAAGCCCAACCAUCAGCUAACCGUAAAUCUCUACCCAUCCCAGGUUAUUUUGUCCAAGGCCUAUGCGGAUAUUGUGCAGAACUUUGGUUGGCGCAAGUUUACUAUUGUCUACGAUGCAGAUGAUGUCAAGGCUGCAGCUCGUUUGCAGGAUCUUUUGCAGUUGCGUGAGGUUCACAACGAAGUGGUGCGGGUGAGAAAGUUCCAAAAGGACGAUGACUUUCGGAUCAUGUGGAAGAGCAUUCGGGGGGAGAGAAGAGUGGUUCUGGACUGUGCUCCUGGCAUGCUGGUGGAUCUCCUGAACUCCUCCUCAGAGUUUGGUCUUACUGGGCAGUACAAUCACAUAUUUCUGACGAACUUGGAGACCUAUACCGAUCAUCUGGAGGAACUGUCGGCAGAUAACGAAACCUUUGCAGUUAAUAUAACCGCUGCUCGUCUUUUGGUCAAUCCCGAUCCACCAGCGUACUCCCUACCCUAUGGCUACGUCACUCAGCGGGACAACAUCGUCUAUGAGAGCAAUGAAGCGCCUCGCACUCUCCUCCACGACCUGAUACACGAUGCACUGCAGCUUUUUGCGCAAUCCUGGCGGAAUGCAAGCUUCUUUUAUCCCGACAGGAUGGCGGUGCCGAGGCUAACGUGCGACUUUGCCGCAUCCGGAGGUCGCACCUGGGCCAUGGGUCGCUAUCUCGCACGCCUCAUGAAAGGGACUUCCGGGGUGAACAGCUCGAACUUCCGGACGAGUAGCCUGCAGUUCGACGACGAUGGACAGCGGAUAACGUUCAACAUCGAGGUGUAUGACCCCUUGGACGGCAUUGGCAUCGCCAUCUGGGAUCCGCGCGGUCAGAUAACGCAGCUGAAUGUGGACGCCAAGGUGCAGAAAAAGAUUGUCUACCGAGUGGCCACCAGAAUAGGUCCGCCAUACUUUUCGAUCAACGAAACUGCUGCGGAACUGAAUAUCACGGGAAACGCUCUAUAUCAGGGCUAUGCCGUCGACCUUAUCGAUGCCAUUGCCCAGCAGGUGGGUUUCGAGUACGUCUUCGUUCCAGUUGCCGAUCAGCAGUACGGUAAGCAGGACAAGGUCACCAAACAGUGGAACGGCAUUAUUGGCGAAAUAAUUAACAAUGAUGCUCACAUGGGAAUUUGCGAUUUGACCAUCACCCAAGCUCGCAAAACCGCCGUCGAUUUUACGGUGCCCUUCAUGCAGUUGGGUGUCAGUAUCCUGGCCUACAAAAGUCCCCACGUAGAGAAGGAACUGAAUGCGUAUCUGGAACCCUUUGGAGGCGAAGUCUGGAUCUGGAUCCUUAUAGCGGUGUUCGUGGUCACCUUUCUCAAGACCAUAGUGGCGAGGAUCUCCCAGAUGGACUGGGAGAACCCGCAUCCCUGCAAUCACGAUCCUGAAGUGCUCGAGAAUCAGUGGCACAUCCACAAUACUGGCUGGCUGACUGUGGCCUCCAUUAUGACGGCAGGAUGCGAUAUCCUUCCGAGGAGUCCACAGGUGCGAAUGUUUGAGGCUACUUGGUGGAUCUUCGCCAUCAUCAUUGCCAACUCUUAUACGGCCAAUUUGGCUGCGUUUUUGACCAGUUCCAAGAUGGAGGGCAGCAUCCUCGGCCUGAAGGAUCUAAGUGGCCAGAAGAAGGUCAAGUUUGGCACCAUCUACGGCGGCAGUACGUACAAUCUUCUGUCCGAAUCCAACGAGACCGUCUAUCGCCUGGCCUUCAAUCUGAUGAACAACGACGACCCAUCGGCCUACACAAAGGACAAUCUUGAGGGAGUCGAGCGGGUGCGGAAGAGCAAGGGCGGCUAUAUGUUCCUCAUGGAGACCACCACCUUGGAAUUCUAUCGCGAACAGAACUGCGAUAUGCGCUCCGUGGGCGAGAAGUUUGGGGAGAAGCACUACGCCAUUGCUGUUCCCUUUGGCGCCGAGUACCGAUCGAAUUUGAGUGUGGCCAUCCUGAGGCUAAGUGAACGGGGCGCCCUGUACGAUAUGAAAUCGAAGUGGUGGAAGAAUCACAACACCACCUGCUUCGAGGAGCCCGAUCAGAAGGAUACGCCCGACAUGACCUUCGAGGAGCUGCGCGGCAUAUUCUACACGCUCUACGUGGGCAUCCUGAUUGCCUUCCUUAUCGGCAUCACAGAAUUUCUGAUCUACGUGCAGCAAGUGGCGUUGGAGGAACGGCUCACUUUUAAGGCUGCCUUCAACAAAGAGAUUUGGUUUGUGAUUUGCGUGUGGAAUAAAAAGAAACCCAUCGUGGCUGGCACCCCAGUAUCUAGUGUGAGGACCACACCUCGAAGAUCCUUGGACAAGUCCUUGGAACGUACACCCAAAUCAAGCCGACGAAUUGUUAUCGGACGCUCCUCUGAGGAAAUGAGGGAAAUGCCCCGAGGUUCCCAGUCUGGUUCCUCGUCGCCCACUAACAACACUAAGAUUUCACAAAAAGAGGCGCGUCUUUAA